CCAUAGACGGACCCAUGGUCACAAUGUACGACGCAGUUUAUGUGCCGGAUUUAUACUGUAUAAAUUGUUGAGGCGCGGAUAUGAAUGCGACUUAUCAAAAUCAACUAAUCCUUUCUCUAAAAUCCGGCUGUGUCUUUCUCGACUCUCAGCUUCAAGCUUUCAGCCUUGAGCCUUCUGCCUUCAGCUCGACUCUCUCAACAGCCUGUCUUCGUCUUUCAUCACUACAAAAACGAGAAGAAAAAGAAAUAAACGACGCCGUGCUUCAUGCUCUGGAAGACAAAUUGAAGCAUCAGUUAAUCAUGGCCAUAGCUGACCAGAAGUCUCCACCGGAUAAUUAUAGUAAUGGCAACAAAGUCUGGGGAUUUUUCAAGCUGCCGUUUCGAGGAAGCAACGCCAACACGACGCCGUCUUCUUCAUCGUUAACGCAUCUCCACCACCAAAAUAACGCUCAAGUUGAAGGAUCGAAUGCUUAUGCUUCGAAUUCGGUCUCUUCGGUCGCCAGAUCGUUUUUACCAACGCGGCGUCGCCUUAAGCUUGAUCCUGCAACUAAGCUCUACUUUCCUUAUGAACCUGGUAAGCAGGUCAGGAGUGCCAUCAAAAUAAAGAAUACUAGCAAAUCCCAUGUGGCUUUCAAGUUUCAAACAACUGCACCAAAAAGCUGCUUCAUGCGUCCUCCAGGUGCUAUUCUUGCCCCUGGGGAAAGCAUCAUAGCAACUGUAUUCAAGUUUGUUGAGCUGCCAGAAAACAAUGAGAAACCGGUUGAACAGAAGAGCAAGGUUAAAUUUAAGAUUUUGAGUCUAAAGGUGAAAGGGGCAAUGGAUUAUGUGCCUGAGCUGUUUGAUGAGCAGAAGGAUCAAGUAUCAAUAGAGCAAAUAUUGCGAGUUGUUUUCCUAGAUCCAGAGCGUACUAGUCCUGCUUUGGAGAAGUUAAAGCGCCAAUUGGCUGAUGCUGAGGCUGCAGUUGAGGCACGUAAAAAGCCUCCAGAAGAUGCGGGUCCAAGAAUUAUUGGGGAAGGACUUGUGAUAGAUGAAUGGAAAGAGCGACGGGAAAGAUAUCUUGCUCGACAGCAGGUUGAAGGAGUAGUGGACUCUGUAUAGACUGACAGUAGUCCUCAAGGUUCUUGUCUAUGAAGAAAAAGAUUUAUGCGAUUCCUUCACUUGAAGUAUAUUAAUCCAACCAUUUCAUGUUACUUAAAAGGAUGUUUUAUUCAGAGGAGAUCAUGUAGGAAGCUGAGCGUGUUCUAUGUAAAAAAGAAAUGUGAGGUGAUUUGAGUUGCUGAAACUAUCCUGUCACCACCUGCCUGUAGAUAAUUGCGACUUAGUUUUGCUUUUUGCUUUCCCUAUUUGGCAAAUCAAACUUGUCUUUAUUUGGUUUUUGAUACACAUAACUGAUCCAUCUUGAGAAAUAUUCGUAUUGAGAAAAAGAUAAGCAUUGAAAUAUGAUUUAAAUGUUUCAUUUGGCUUC